GUUUAAAUUAACCAAAGUAAUUAUAUGUAAGGUAAAUACUAUUAUAUAAAUAAAAUACCCGAAGUGUAAUCGUUUCUUUAAACAUUACUAUUUUAUAUCUUUAAUAAACUAUCUAAAUUUCUUGUAAUAUUUUGGAAGACAAUAGGUACACCAUUUAUUUUAUACUAUUAUAAACGUUAACCAACAACUAACACACAAUUAUAUACAUUGGAAUUAAAGAAUCACUCAUAGUUAUAUUAAUAUUAUCUAAUUAUCUGUAUUUUUACUCUUUGGGGUGUUCAUAUUAAUAAAUAAAAACCCCUGGCGGAGUGUUGUGAAGUUUAAAACAAAUGGCAAAUCGCCGCGUUUAAAAACUGAUGCUGAGUGGAGCUGACAUUUAUUUAAACACGUGUAUAAUUAUUAUGGUAGACUUUCCUAAAUAGUAAAUAUAAUACUUUAUAGUAUACCUACAUUUGGAGUAGCCAACUUAAGAACAAUUAUAUUUCAUAUAAAGUACCAUCUAGACUCGAUUACCGAUCUAUAAAACCUUCAAUUCACGAAAAAGUUUAAUAAGUUUAAUAAGUUCUAAUAGCUAGACGCAAUAGAAAAAAGUUUAUAAUGACAUAAUCAUAUCGUUAAACCAAUACAUUUUAUCGUUUCACUCGGCGGCCAAAACGAUAUAGUAACUUGUUCAACUUAUAACUGUAUAAGUCCACAUACACACAAACACAUACACAUAUACGAUAUACGUAUACGUCUUACUCAAAUUCGUAAAUCUACCUUUUAUACGCGCUCUAAACUUUAACAAAAAAAAAAAAAUAAAAUAAAAAAAAAUAAAAAAAUGGGAUCAUGUCCUCGGGAAAAAAUAGGACGAAAUACCCAUGUACCUGUGUGGUGUGCUUGGAAUGCGAUGAAAUAUAUGAAAGGGCACAUUAAAAAAAAAAAAACAGGCGGAAGGGUUUCACUGCAAUAUUCCCUACGAAAAGAAUGUAGUGUACUGGGUCACGUGUGCGCGCCGUGCGCUGUUAGUCGCACGCUCCCGACUCUACGCCCAAGCACAUUCAGUUACGUGCCGGCCGCCUUGUGUCGCUGCCGUGCCCGCCAACUCGCGCGCUUCGCCAUUCAACCGUGGUCCUAACCCUCGACGACAAAAUAAUAUCAUGGCGUCUCAAAAAUUGAAUCUAAAUGGUUCGCCUCAUCGCAGAAAAAGACGGGGAUCUCAAGGAGAAGAUGCUAUGUCCACCCCGCAUGGAUUCGCCAGCGGCUUGCACAAGCACGCGCCUCUUCUGCCAGCAUUGUUACAGCGACGGAUUGCCGGCAAAGAACUUACUGGUGUGGGCAAGGUCAAAGUGAUUUUGAGAGUUACCAAAGGGGCCGACGAACAACCAGCGACGUCGGCCGAACAUGGUAACAACUUCAUGUCGGUGGACAAGAAGCACAGACAACUGACGUUAAUUGAUCCGAACGCACCUCCGGCCAGCGACGGUAGUCGGCGCGUGGGCGUCGCCGCUCCCAAAAUGUUCGCGUUCGACGCACUGUUCACGCAAGAAGACUCGCAGGUGGACGUGUGCAGUGCUACAUUGAUGGACGUCAUACAUGCUGUCAUUCAUGGAACCGACGGAUCUGUAUUCUGUUUUGGCCACCAAAAUCUAGGUAAAACGUAUACAAUGAUCGGAUCGCCGGAAGACCCACAAACGUACGGGAUCAUACCGUGCGCCAUAUCGUGGCUUUUCAAAGGCAUACAGGAGCAAAAGGCGAGGACAGGGGCGCGUUUUUCGGUCCGCGUAUCCGCCGUAGAAGUGUCCGGACCCGCAAGUCCCGUUAAAGACCUGCUGGCCGGCCAAUCCAACGACGGCGAAGACAAUUUGCCAGGCCCCGGAGUGUACUUAAGGGGUGAGGACCCCGUGUUGGGCACACCGAUGCAACACUACAGCGAGCUGCGAGCGCAGACCAUCGAGAAAGCUGCGUACUAUUUGGACGUGGCGCUCAACGUGCGGAAUUCCUCCCCAGAGUCGCACAUGUUGUACACUUUGAACGUAUACCAAUACACCGUACCGACCGGUUCGUCAGCAGUCGCUGGAGGUCGAAGUCGGUUGCAUCUUUUGGAUUUAGGCAGUUGCGAAAGAAGCAAGUCUUCCGGCGGAUUGACACUUUCCGGUUUGGGAAACGUACUGCUGGCCAUAUUUAACGGUCAAAAACAUCUACCGCACAGAGAACAAAAACUCACUCAACUCUUGAAAGAAUGUUUGAACUCGUUGACGUGCCACGCGGCAAUGAUCGCUCACGUAUCGCCGGCCGCUCAACAGUACACGGAAACUUUGUCCGCCGUACAGCUGGCUUCCCGGAUACAUCGGAUGCGCCGACGGCGGUUUAAGUUUGUUGGCGUGGCCAGCGGCUGCGGGACUUCCGGGGACACCGAUCCAAAAAUUCAAAACGGCGUGGGGUCGACCGAAGUGGAACCUUCCAGCAGCGAACAGUCGGCCGACACGGUGAUCUACGUCGGGCCCAGCGAGGAGACGGACGGCGAACACCCACCCGUCCACAUACCCAGCCUGUCGGCGGUGGAAAACCGCUGUCACCCGUUGAACAAAUUGCUCCGGGAACCCGGACAGAGCAAGUCGACGCCGUCGUCGCCACAGCGGUCGGUGCCGAUCAGCGCCGCGGCCAGAGCGCCCGCGGCCAAGGCGGCUGCCAAACCCAACGGCGUGUGCAGCGCACGGUCGUCGCCGGUCCGAAAUCCGCGGACUUCGUCGGUCCGGAAAGAAAGGCCAGAGGAGAGGUGGAUCGACGGGCCGCGCAUAUCCAAGAGCCGCGCGCACGGCGCCAGGGCGCUGUUGAUGUCGAAAAACGACGACGGGAAAACGGCCGGCGAGACGUGGAUAGACGGUCCGAUGCACGGGGCCGGUAGCCAGCACGCCAACGUUUACGGGUUCAUGGACUACCACAAGAAGAAUAUGAUUAAAAAAUGGGUGGAACACCAAGUGUACCAGGUUACAGACAAACAGAACAGACACCGUGCGGCGGAGACCAAAGAGUACACGACGUUUAAAACGGACGAAUUGGGCCCCAGGGGGCGGGCCAGCGGUCAAGAAGAAAACGGCGACGAUGAGCCCAAGUGCGAUCAGAUGUCCGUGGCCACCAGAUCUGUAAUCGAAAACAGCCACCAAGUCAGCAGAGUGGUGUCCAUUGAACGACUCCGUGGAUCAAAUUCUGACGAAUACAACGAAGAAGACGAAGAAAUCGAACUGGAAAUCGUCGAAGUCGAAGAACUCGACGAACCCGUCCCGACUCAAGACAGUUGCUUACAGGUGACGGAAGAGGACAUCGCGUUUUGUAUGGGAGAACUGGAAAAUCCGUUGCCGGAAGUCGAUCAGGAAGAACAUCCGUUGAGAAUACUCAGUCAAGAAAAUAUGACUGUGGUGUCUACAUUUACGGACUCACUGUCGGUCGCCAACGAUCUCGAUAGGGUGUUUUCGAGACCGGGUGGCAAUUCUUUUAGGCAAUUCAACCAUCACAGACUUCAGUCGGCGCCGCAACACGAACAAAAAUCGUCGAAAGAUCAAUUUCGAUACGAACAACUGUCUCGAUUACACGAGCUGUACAACGGCAAAGUCGGCGUACCCAAACACGUUCCUAACAAUUUCAACCACUCGUCCACGUUACCUACCCGCAUGCAAUCCGCCUCGCUGUCGGACGUUUUCAAAAACGGCACCACGGAAAGCCCGUCCAUGAAUAACGAUUUCACCCAUCCGUCGAACGAUUUUGAUAACAACAGCAUCGCCAGCGAACCCGCUUACUUGUUGAACGAUAAUAGUCAAUUUUGUCAUAACUGUCGAAUGAAUUUGACGAGCACCGAUGACUUGACUAGCAACCUGUGGAUGCACUACGGAGAACUGCACACGCUCAGUCGUUUUCACUCGUUCAAACACGUUAGUAAAAAUAUAUCGAGCCUUAGACAUCCGGACGGCGCGUCCAAUCCAAAUUUACAGUCUGAAACGUGCCGGGAGCCCGGAAAUGGUGCUGAGGAAUCCAAGGACAAGAAAAGUCAAGGCAGCGACGAAGGGGACAUCGAAGAAGUACCGUACCCACCGCCUUUGCAAUCAGAACUCUUGUCGUUGAGCAGAGACGGGUUGGACAGCAAAACCAGAGUGCAAUCCGUGUUGAACGGGUUCACGCCUUAUUCGGGCAGGUUGAACCACAAUUAUUCAUUGAACACCAACAACGGCAAGUCUCACGACCCAGGAGGGAACAACGGUCAUCGGUUGAAAAACGACCACAACGUCUGGAACGGUGGUAGGACCCGGUUCGAAGACAUCAAACAGCUGAAGGAGUUCAACUUGACAAGCAACAAAUUGUUCAGCCAACGGUGGUUUGCAGACAAACAAAACCCGAGAGCGAAGAAUCUGAACGAAACUGGCAACAGCAAUACUGCGGCCACCCAUCAGAACAGCAAGUGUGAUAGCUAGGAGACGGGAUGGCACGUGUACAGUCAAAUCAAUUUGAUAUAAUAUAAUAUAGAAAAAGAGAUUUUUUGUUCGUUUUUACAAAGUAUAGUAUAAUAAUAUUAUACAUCAUAAUAUAUUAUUAUAUUAUUAUUAUAUUAUACGCGUGAACAGAGCAUAAUAUAAAUAAUAUUAGUACUCGGAGCGAGUUUAAAAUUAUAUUAUUCUUUACAUUUUACACGUUAUCAGAUUUUUUAUGGAUGUUAGACGCGUAAAAAGUAAAUACGUAUAGUGUAUACAUAUAUAAUAAAAAAUAUUAUAUUUUUAAUAAGCACGUAAACUGCUGUGCUGCCGCCGCCAUCGUUGAUGACGACGUUGUGCAUUAGACUCGGGUUGUCACGGCGCACAACACGCGACGUUUCGUUACGAUUUUUUAGGAGAACCGAUAAAAAAAUGUUUUUAAAAAAAAACCCCAAAACUCGCACGCACCGAGUAAGAUAUUCUACUAAUUAUUUAUUAUUAUUAUUAUUAUUAUUAUAUUAUAUUGAAUUAGAGACUCCUUAGAUUUUUGUUUUUUCUUUACUACAUGAUUAUUGAUGUAUUAUAAUAUUUAUAUAUAUAUGAUGGCUAUAUACAUACUUACUUAUUGUUUGAAAAAUAUUUUGUACAUAUCAUUAUUUUUCUCAUUUGUUACUGUUUUUUUUUUUUUUUUAAAUGUAUUUAUUAUUUUUUUUUUUUGAAGACAAUAUUAUAGAGUUGUACAACAUAAUAUGCCUAAUUAUGUAAUAAUAUAAAAAAAAUAAAACGAUUA